GCCAACAGUGAAGAUCGACGACGAAUUGCAAUACGUGGCGCAGCACUCCGGGCGAGGGAUGGAGAUGGAAGGGGAGCUACAACGUGAAGCACUUCAACUACAGGAUAAGCUCUUUUAUAAUGAAGACGAAGUCUCGCUUACAGAAGAUUCUGAAGGUGAGCAAGACGAUGAUCAUGAAGCACGAGGGAUAGAGAUGGAAGACAAGCUACAGCAUGAAGCACUUCGACUACAGGAUAAGCUCUACAAUAAUGAAGACGAAGUCUCGCUUACAAAAGAUUUUGAAGAUGGGGAUGGAGAGAGGGAAUAUGCCGCUGAUGACACUGGUGAGUGGGAGGUUGGGGAUGAGUGUGUAGAUGGCAAUGGAGAGGGGGAAUAUUCCACUGAUGACGUGGCUGAGUGGAAAGAGGAGUGGGGACUAUUGGCAAUGGUGGAAAUGGUGGCAGCGGCAGCGGCAGCGGCGACGGCAAGAGUAACAACAACAAUAAUGGAGGUGGAGCAGGGAUUGGAAGAAGGGAGGCAAGGAAUGGGCGGGAUAGGCGAGACGGGCGGGAUAGUUGACAACAACAAUGAUAAUAACAUCAUUGACAACAAUAACAAUAAUAACCUCAACAAUGGUGGCGAGCGGCAAACGGGUGAACUGGGUGGGAUAAACGUGAAGGAGGAUAACAACAACAACAACAAUAACAACAACAACAACAACAACAAUGGCGACACCAACGCAAUGGAGGAGAGGGGAGAGAACGUUGACAACAACAACAACAACAACAACAACAACAACAACAACAAUAACAACAACAACAACAACAACAACAACAACGAGAUGGUAGAGAUGGGUGAGGAUGUUGACAACAACAACAGUAACAAUAAAAAUGACGGAGAGCAGGGAUUGGGGGAAAAGGGUGCGGUGGGUGAGAAGGACGACAUAGACAACAACAACGAUGGCGAUAUCAACAACAACAAUAAGAAGAAGAAGAAGAAUAGCCACGACGAUGGAGAAAGUGACAACCACGGAGGUAGCGGGGCAGAGAGCCUGAGCGGUGCUUCUGCAGCCUUGAUCCUUAUCAACAUCAUGAGACAGAUGUCGUCAAAAGGGCAGUGGAGGGGAUCUCGUAGCUUGUUGCGGAUGGCGAAGUGGGGCUUGAGGUUGAAGGUACGAUUUGGUACUGUUCCCCCCCACCCUUACUCGGUGUUUUUCCAUGAUGAAUCGUCUCUUUUUCUCUGGCACCGGGUGGGGAUAGGAUAGAUGAUCUUGCGAUGAUUAGGAUUGGUUGCCUCUAG